AUGGUGGUUUACUAUCAAGUUGCCGGCCGCAAAGUCGGCUCCCACGUUCUCGCAAUGGCCACUCUUGGUACAACAUUCGCCGGCGCUUGGCUCGCAAUGCCUUCAUCUUCCAAAAAGAAGGAACAGGGCCCUCCAAUCAAGGCUAGCAGUAAGGAUGAGGAGCAGUUUAUCCAGUAUGUUGCCGGAACGCGUUUACUCCUCCCUCGUUAA